AUGACCGGAGGAGAUCAUUUAAGAGCAACGAUAGAGAACAAACAUUUGAAGGCAUCAGCUCCCUGUGUGGUAACAGACAACAUGAAUGGUACUCAUUCUGUGACGUGUGAAGCAUUUUGGUCAGGAACGUCAUCAAUAAACGUAACUCUUGCUUACACAAGGGAGAUAAUUGCGAAAAUUUACCGCAUCAGAACUCAAAUUGCGAAACAAAGAAAUGAACAUUUGCUGUGCCAAGACUGGGAGCAAGUACGGACACACGAACCUUAUCCAGAACUUCAAUUAACUCGUUGUGAGGAGAGUUUGUUUAAAUGGGGACAACAAUCACUGGAACAAACAUUACAGGUAACGAUAGAAAAUGUAGACAAGCCAAGAUUAGCUGUUGAAAAGCCAUUAAUACCGUGUUCACAAUACAACAUCACACAACUCUGGCAAUCGAGGAGACCAACAGGGUAUUUCUAUAAUGGAAAAUGGAACUUCACAAAUUGUUUAGGUUUCCAGCAAGUUCAAUAUGUCAAAUGUUUAAGGGACAUACGCAUGUAUAUGAUUGGUGAUUCAACUAUAAGGGCAUGGUAUGCUAGUGUCAUCAAACGUUUUGAAUGUAUUCCAACUACAGAAAAAUGGGAAAAAGAAAAAUGGCACAAAAUGGCGGAAUGUUAUAAUAAGAAGAUAAAUUUCAAAGCAGGGUGGUACCCGCAUGCGCAGCCGUUUUAUACUGGCAGUGCUUGGGGUGACAACCGAUACACGUUAUAUUCAACGUCUCGCCAUCUAGACAAUAUACCACCAAAUGAACGUGCAGUAAUAGUUAUUCAUCUAUAUAUGCAUUUUGUAGCAUUUCAUCAUAGCGUGUUUAAGCAAAGAAUGGAAAUAAUACGUCGUAGUAUAGAAAAGCUGUUCUCGAGGAAUAAACAAGCUAUUGUAAUGAUUAAAGGCCCACACACAUUUACAAAUACACCCGAUGGAAGUGUAAGACUGAGUGAUUAUUUUGGUUUUGUGUAUAACAAAAUCAUGUAUGAGGUAUUUCACGGUUUAUUUGACCGGAUUGUUUUGCUUAAUAACAAAGACACUACCAUAGCGAGGCAUGAGAAAUGGAAUCAUCCGCCAGACGAUAUUGUAAAUUAUAUGAUAGAUCAAAUGCUAAGUUAUACUUGUAAAAGUUAAUGUUUUGCAUCGAUAUAGAAAUUGCUCAGUGAUAUAGAAUAAUACUCACUGAAAGUUAUAGGUGUUUUGACAUGAAAUCUUAGCAAUAUUACUGUUCUUUUAAUAUAUCAUCAAAUGCUAUGUUGCUGUUAUUAUUAAUGUUACUGUUCUUUAAAUAUGUCAAAUACUAAGUUAUAUUUGUGAACGUCAGGCAUCUUGUAUCAAGUUGCAGAUCUUUAGUUAAAUACAUCGAAUAAAAGAUUUUGCUUACAAAUUUGGGAUUUUUUGAUCAAUCUAAUACUUUAAUUGUAUUUUAAAAAGUUACAUUUCUUUUGGUACAUCAAAAGUUAGAGAAAUGAAAUGCUAAUUCUUUGCAUGAAUAAACUCAAUGAAACCGAGCCUACAACAUUUUCAGUUUUGCUGUAUGGACGCUCUUUAUUAAGUUAAACGUGAGAAGUCAUCAUAACUCGCCCGAGCCAACCAUCCCCCGUUUUUCAGAAAAUCAAAAUUUUUUUGUAGUUAGAAUUAAAGAAUUUUCGUAGACUUGUAUCCAGUAUGGAAUAUUGGCAACCAGACAUUUCGACCCUUCACCUCGUGCCCUUCGCUCAUAUAUUAUGACAUAUCGACCCUGAUGAAUCAUUUUAAUACAUGUACAUGUAUUUAAGAAAGUAUACAUAUU